AACAUGAUCACAAAUACCGUCAGGCAUGAGAGGAAGUGUUGGUAGGCUAGCUGUCGAGCUAGCUGGCUAACUGGACUGUCAGCGUCGAGUGUCGUCUUUCAAACGUCUGUUUAUCGUCAGUGUUGUCAUGUGCUAAUUCCCACCGAAUGUGAUUGAACGUCGAUUGUUUACCAGUUACAAACGCAGCGUGUCAUGAAGUUAUGGAGGAACGAAAGUUGAAGAGGAAGAGUCCCAAGACCCCCACCACCAACCCAGCGGCCCCGACCAGCGGUUCUACCCGGAAAGCCAGCUCUUCUACCGGGGGAAGGCACGUCGUCUAUAGCCAUUCUACGGGGGCUUAUUACAGUCAGAGGAGUAAAAGUAAACGGGGGCUCCGAGACAAAGCCAGGGCUCAGCAGGGUUCAAGUGGUCGCAACAGUCAGAACCAGGGUCCACCCAUCGUCCAACACUCCUUCCUCACUGACGUUUCAGAUGUUCAGGAGAUGGAGAAAGGUCUUCUCAGCCUUCUAGAUGACUUCCACUCAGGGAAGCUCCAAGCAUUUGGCAAUGAGUGCUCCAUUGGGCAGAUGGAGCAUGUACGUGAGAUGCAGGAGAAGCUUGCACGACUGCACUUUGAUUUAUACGGCGAGGUAGAUGAGAUGCCAGAGGACCAAAGGAAAACAGCCUGCGAUACAAACAUGGAUAAGCUGCUGCUCAAUCUGGAAGAGCUCAGUUCUUCAAUACAGAAACUGAAUCUACCGGACAGCCAGGAGAUCACCAGAACCGCCAGUAUGUGAUAUCUUUGUCAUCACACAUCGCAACAAAUCCAGAUGUUUUCUCUAUUGUCAGUCUGUUUUUUUCUCGUCCUCUGUGCGUUGCCAAUGGAUGUAUUAGGAUUAACCAUUAAAUUGAUUACUGAUUGAUCAUGUGUGACUAGAUUGUAAGAGCCAUGUUUUGAUGACGUGUGAAGGGCUUUAUGAAAGUUUUUACAGCCUUGUUUUGGCUUUGUGUGAGACCAUCAGGUCUUUCGAAGCAUCAGAAGGAACAAAACAUGUUCAACUUGAUGGUCAUUAACAACAUUACACUCUUGGACAUUUGGAAAUUAAUUCUUUAAACAGUAGCUGACAGAAAAAAUCUUCUUGUUAUUAUUAUUAAUAAUAAUCAUUUUUUAUAAAUACUUAAGAAUGGACAGUUUGGGCAAUAGACGGUAAACCUCUGUCCAAAUUGAAUGCAAGUUAUAUUAGAAAAUUAAGAUAACAUUGAAAAAUCAGAAGGCAUUGCAGAGGAAUGUAGCUUUUCACUUUAUGAUCCCAAUAUUGUACUCUUUAGGAAAUGGUGCCAGACAUUGGAAUUAUGGCGACGAUCACUGUUGCUCCCUUUAAACUUUCACUUCUGGCAGUAUUUUGUUAAACUCCAUUGGAAUACUGCCAUCUGUCACAAUCCCUUGAGAAACUGUUGCACUUUGAUCCACAGACCACGUCAACAAUCAUUGAAAGCUGAUUGUGUGACUCUGUAUUUAUCUUUUUACCAGUGCAAGCGUGGACACUUGCAAUGCAUUCAUCAGAGAGUGAGUCUUUAUAUGCCAAAAAAGGAGCUGAAGCUGUGAUUCAAUUGAAAACAUUUGCACAUAAUCACUCAACCACCGGCUGUGUUGAGUUGGAAUGAUGUGGCCCAGGACGUCACAAUCCUGCCUUAUUUCAGAAUUUUGCCUUCUCAGUUUGCAGCUUUGAUCGUCCUCUUGAUCUUCCGCGAGCAGGAUGCUGCUUCGAUUGUAACUUCUGCAUAUUUUCAAAACAAGUGAUCACAUUUUGAACUCUUUUGUGAUUCGUUUUAUGAUGAAUUUUAUUAAUAAAUGUGUCUGAGUACCUGU